GAUAUCCAUUGAUUGAGUAGAACAUGAACAACCCAUAUAUUUUGUUUCAUACGUUUUAAUGUUAUGUCCCAACCAAUACAACCUUAUAAAUACAGUUUUAAAUACCGUAUAAACGGACGUAUAAAACUAUGGAAUCCAUACGUUAAGCAACGAAGGAGCUCAGUGGCGAACGAAUGAAAGGAGUACACUCGGCUGUCUUCGUCUCUUUACGUCCUCAUUAACAUUCCUGCCUUGUCCGUGAGGCUGAAACGAGCUUCAGUGAGCGACGGAAGGACGUGCAGUGCUCCAGAGUGUGAGCGAAGGUACCGAUUCAGAGGGACGGCGCCUCGGAGGAGAAACAAAAACCAACAUUACAGUUCUUUCGCUGUUGGAAUAGGAGUUAGGAUCCUUGCGUAAUAUAAUCAUCAGCACAACAUACCAGAGCUGAUUCUCAUCAGGUUGUUCACCAUCAAUAUGAACAGGAUCUAAAACCGACUGCUGUUGUUAAAACGAGGGAUUUCUUCGGUGGAUGUGGUCACAUUUUCUAUGGAAAUCGAAAAGAUCAUGAAUACACCCGUCUUCCUUCUUGCUUUUCUCUUGGGACUGGCGGUUGGUGGCUCUCCCGGUGUACAAAUAGGGGGCUUGUUUCCAAGAGGAGCUGAUCAGGAAUACAGUGCAUUCCGAAUAGGAAUGGUCCAAUUCGGCACGUCCGAGUUCAGACUGACGCCACAUAUUGACAAUCUGGAAGUAGCAAACAGUUUUGCCGUCACCAAUUGUUUCUGCUCCCAGUUUUCAAGAGGGGUGUAUGCUAUUUUCGGAUUUUACGAUAAGAAAUCCGUCAACACGAUAACGUCGUUUUGCGGAACUCUUCACGUCUCUUUUAUAACGCCAAGCUUUCCUGUGGAUGGGGCCCAUCAGUUCAUCUUACAAAUGAGACCGGAUAUCAAAGGACCCCUUCUUAGUUUGAUCGAGUACUACAAGUGGGACAAGUUUGCCUAUCUGUAUGACAGCGACAGAGGAUUGUCCACUCUUCAGGUUGUGCUGGACACCGCCGCGGAGAGGAAAUGGCAGGUGACUGCCAUCAACGUAGGCAACCUGAAAGAUGAAAAGAAGGACGAAGCAUAUCGCUCCCUCUUUCAAGACCUUGAGAAUAAGAAAGAAAGGAGGGUCAUUUUAGACUGUGAGCAGGACAAAGUGAAAGACAUCAUGGAGCAGGUCAUCACAAUUGGCAGACAUGUGAAAGGAUAUCACUACAUCAUUGCAAAUCUGGGCUUUGUGGAUGGCGAUUUAUCUAAAAUUCAGUAUGGCGGAGCAAACGUCUCCGGAUUUCAGAUCGUAGAUUUUGACGAUCCCCUGGUGGCCAAGUUCGACCAGCGGUGGGAGGCCCUGGAGGAGAAGGAGUACCCGGGUGCCGACAGUAAAAUCAGGUACACAUCCGCGCUGACCUACGACGCCGUGCAGGUGAUGACCGAAGCGUUCCGCUACCUGCACAAGCAGAAGAUCGACAUCACCCGGCGGGGCAACAACGGGGACUGCUUGGCCAACCCGGCGGUGCCGUGGGCCCAGGGGGUGGAGAUCGAGCGAGCGCUGAAACAGGUCCGGGUAGAAGGUCUAACGGGGAACAUCCAGUUUGAUCAACAUGGCAAAAGGGUCAAUUACUCUGUGAAUGUCAUGGAGCUUAAGAACAGUGGCCCUGUCAAGAUUGGAUAUUGGAAUGAAGUUGACAAAAUGGCCGUAACAAAGUCAGAUGUUUUUCCAAAUGAAUCGCUGGGGAUGGAAAACAAGACGGUGAUUGUGACGACAAUAUUGGAAGCCCCUUACGUAAUGCUUAAGAAGAAUGCCGACCUCUUUGUAGACAAUGAUAGGUAUGAGGGCUACUGUGUGGAUCUGGCUGCAGAAAUAGCCAAGCACUGUGGGUUCAAAUACCAGCUGAAGAUAGUUGGUGAUGGAAAAUAUGGAGCCAGAGAUGCAGAGACAAAAAUCUGGAAUGGAAUGGUCGGAGAAUUAGUGUAUGGGAAAGCAGACAUAGCAGUUGCUCCAUUAACUAUCACCCUGGUACGAGAAGAAGUGAUUGACUUCUCUAAACCGUUCAUGAGUCUGGGGAUUUCCAUCAUGAUAAAAAAGCCCCAGAAAUCUAAACCGGGGGUGUUCUCCUUCCUGGAUCCCCUGGCGUAUGAGAUCUGGAUGUGCAUCGUCUUUGCCUACAUCGGGGUCAGUGUGGUUCUCUUCCUAGUCAGCCGCUUCAGCCCGUACGAGUGGCACACGGAGGAGUACGAAGACGGACAGAUACAAACGAACGAAUCCACAAAUGAGUUUGGGAUAUUUAAUAGUCUCUGGUUCUCCCUUGGUGCCUUUAUGCAGCAAGGAUGCGAUAUUUCGCCAAGAUCCCUGUCUGGCCGCAUUGUUGGCGGGGUGUGGUGGUUUUUUACCCUGAUCAUAAUAUCGUCCUACACGGCUAACUUAGCUGCCUUCCUGACUGUCGAGAGGAUGGUGUCCCCCAUUGAGAGUGCAGAGGACUUGGCUAAGCAAACUGAAAUUGCUUAUGGAACUCUGGACUCAGGUUCAACUAAGGAGUUUUUCAGGCGAUCUAAAAUCGCACUUUUCGAUAAAAUGUGGACCUACAUGAAAAGUGCCGAGCCCUCGGUGUUCGUAAAGACGACGGCGGAGGGCGUGGUCCGGGUGCGAAAGUCCAAGGGGAAGUACGCCUACCUGCUGGAGUCCACCAUGAACGAGUACAUCGAGCAACGCAAGCCCUGUGACACCAUGAAGGUCGGAGGGAACCUGGACUCCAAGGGCUACGGCAUAGCCACGCCGAAAGGCUCCUCAUUAAGAAAUGCGGUUAACCUCGCAGUACUAAAACUGAAUGAGCAAGGCCUGUUGGACAAAUUGAAAAACAAAUGGUGGUACGACAAAGGAGAGUGCGGCAGCGGGGGAGGUGAUUCCAAGGAGAAGACCAGCGCCCUCAGCUUGAGCAACGUUGCCGGAGUCUUCUAUAUUCUCGUGGGCGGACUCGGUCUGGCCAUGCUGGUGGCUUUGAUCGAGUUCUGUUACAAGUCCCGAGCAGAGGCAAAGCGAAUGAAGGUGGCAAAGAAUGCACAGAAUGUUAACCCAACUUCCUCGCAGAAUUCGCAGAAUUUUGCAACUUAUAAGGAAGGUUACAACGUGACCUUCGGCGACGCCAUGAGGAGCAAGGCGAGGCUGUCGAUAACGGGGAGCGCCGGGGAGAACGGCCGGGCGAUGACUCCAGAAUUUCCAAAAGCAGUGCAUGCUGUACCUUACGCGAGACCGGGCAUGGGAAUGAACGUCAGUAUGACUGAUCUCUCUUGAUUGAUAAGAACCUUUCGAGUGCCUUACAAAGCGGUUUUGGAACGAGCAUUCUACUUUUUCUUUCGUUUGUGUUUUUUUUUUUUUUGUUUUUUUUUUCUGGCUGAGUUGGUUUUUUGGGGUGGGG